AUGGGCUACGAUAAGCAUCUCGACAGUGAUUCUUCCAUUUCUAUAGUGGCUAUCUAUGUAGAUGAUAUACUAUUGACAGGAAAUGACAAUGCAAAAUUACAUGCGUUGAAAGAAUUUCUCAAUCAAGAAUUCAAAAUUAAAGAUCUUGGGGACUUACAUUUUUUUCUAGGGAUGGAAGUUAUCCGAGAAACAGAUGGACUCAUCCUUUCUCAGUGCAAAUUCACUUUAAACCUUCUUCGUGAAUUUGACUCCCUCUAUUUGUCAUCUGUUUCUUCUCCACUCGAUCCAUCUACUCGUUUGUCUACUCACACAGGGGAACUAGUGAAGGAUCCCACCUUGUAUCGCCAUCUACUUGGCAAACUCAACUGCCUUACUCAUACCCACCCAGACUUAUCCUUCACUGUCCAGCACCUCAGCCAGUACAUGCAGGACCCACAACAGCCACACCUAGAAACAACAUUCCGUGUGCUUCGCUAUCUGCUCAAAGAUCCCAGGCUUGGGCUUUUUAUGUCUUCUUCCUCUUCAUUCAAGCUCCUAGCCUUUUGUGACUCCGAUUGGGCCACCUGCCCGGACUCAAGGAAAUCGAUGAGUGGUUUAUACAUUUUCUCUUGGUACCUCUCCGAUAUCUUGGAAAUCCAAGAAGCAAACUUCCGUCUCACUAAGUUCGGCAGAGGCAGAAUAUAG